AUGAUUGUCUCCGCCCCGCUCGUUCUUGGCGUAGCUACCAUCUAUCUCGUGUACUCCACGAUAUACAACCUAUGGUUCCAUCCUCUCGCAAAGCAGCCGGGACCGUUCUUUGCUCGCAUCUCCGGCAUACCCUCUUUCUACCAUGCCUGUAAAGGAGACCGCCACAUCUGGUCUUGGAGGCAGUUCCAGAUCUAUGGCGACAAGUUCCGGGCAACUCCCAAUCUCCUACUCUUCCAGACCCCGGAAGCUUACAACGCCAUGUUUGGUUACAAAGCCAACGUCAAGAAGUCCCCAUUCUAUGAGGUGUGGAGACGGAACAAACAUGACCUAAACACACUAGGCUGUACGGAUGUAGAGGUGCAUGCUCGAAGGAGAAAGGCUCUUUCUUUGGCAUUUACCGAGCAAUCAGUCAAGGCUACCGUGCCUUUCGUAGCUCGACAUGUCGAUCGAUGGAACGAAUUACUGCCGGGUGAGACCUUCGGUGGUGAGGGGUGGUCUGGACCACAGAAUCUAACCAAGUGGGCUGACUACUUGUUGUUCGACAUGUUCGGCGACAUCUGCUUCGGCAGCUCCAACAACACCAAGGAGCCAGGGUUGAAUGACCUGAAGAGCAUCCCACACAACAUUACUAGAUACUUGCGAUUUUAUAACCCACUCGCAAAAUCCCCAUUCCGAGGCCUGUUGCUUUGGCUCAAGCCCCGCAGCUUGGAUUCAUUGAUGAAGCUCAUCACUCCGAAGGAGAUCAAAGCUUACUUUGCCUUCACGGAAGGUCUGGCCAAAAGCCGAAUCGAAUCCGAGCGGAGGAAUGAGGCCGAGAAACGUCCAGUUGCUCGAGAAGACAUGUUCCACUUUCUAUGCACGGCGAAGGAUCCAGAGACGGGUGAUUACGCGCUGAGUACCGACAAUCUGAUUGCCGAUGCAAACUUGCUCACAGUUGCUGGCUCGGAUACAACCAGUGCAACUGUAACCGCGCUCUUCUUCUUCAUUACUCGCAACCCCAAGGUCUAUACAAAGCUCGUUCAUGAGAUCAGGACCAAUUUCAACGAUGUCGAAGAGAUCGGCUCAGCUCCGGAUCUAAUGGCUAAGUGCGAGUAUCUCCGAGCAGCGGUAUACGAGUCCUUGCGCCUCUCACCGGCUGGCCCAAGUGAGCUUGAACGCACCGUGCUUCCGGGUGGCAUUAUGAUCGCUGGUGAACACCUUCCUGGCGGCAUCGUAAUUGGUGUUCCGAAGUGGUCGCUCGGUCGAAAUGAAGCUCUUUGGGGCGAUUACAACACCUUCCGCCCAGACAGAUGGAUGGUCUCGGACACCAACACACAAGAGGAGGUGAACCAUCUGAAGCGAUCGUUCCAUCCUUUCUCCAAGGGCGUCGGUAGUUGCCUAGGUCAAAAGAUGGCGAUGGUACAACUCUGUAUGAUCGUUGGUAGGACUCUCUGGAGAUACGACGUGCGUCAGGCUCCUGGGCAGAACGUGGGAGAAGGCCGCCCCGAUCUUGGCUGGGGCCAGAGGAACCCUGGUCACUUCCAGUUGAGAGACGCGUACAUCUCGCUUCGUGAAGGUCCCAUCGUUCAAUUCAAGAAGAGGGUGUUAUGA